UAGUCAAGCAUGAGUGAAUUUUUUCAGACUUAUGAUAAGCUGCAAAAAUAAAGGAAAAGCUUUUUAAACAGUUAUUGUGAUAGUGAUAAGUGCUAAAACCAAUAUAAGCAUGGAUGUAUAUGUAUAUAUAUAUAUAUGUAUUACUUUUAUGUUUACGCAUAUGCAAAAUGGAAAAAUCAUUGCCCCACUCAAUUGAAAAACAAACUGGCUGUUUCCUUAAGCAGUUAAAGCGUAGUGUUUCUUUAUCGAAUGAUAAAAAUGAUUCCUUAAAAACAGGAACAUCAUCUGAAUUGAUAGAAAUUGCUGGAAACUCACUAAACGAGUCCCAGUUGAUGAUGGCAGUGACAGAAAACCAAAAUAUUUACCGGGAGCGAACAAAAUUCAACGAGCACAUGAUCGACUCACAGAUUUUGGCCGGCAGUGUCACUUCCACUCAAACAGAAAUUUUCCAGUCUCCCACGAACUCGCCAGUUCAUUCAACUGGUGUAGGAUACCGGCAGCAUUCUACCCAUGCCACGCCAUCGAAAAACUCUCUUUCUAUCGCUGAAAAUACUCUCAGAACGACGCUAAACACGGACAAUUUAAAUUUUCUUUUGAAACCUAUUGGUAUAUUGCAGAUGGCUGACACAACAAAUAACGAGGUCCUUAAUAUAGCCAGUGUAGCUGAUUUGCUGCACCCACAGUACGCCAUCAUUACUGGUGGUCGCUCUGCAGAUGGUUGUCCCUUAAUAAUUUUUCCAGAUAACAAUAAUUUCUGUUCGAUAGAAGAGGCAGACUACCAAAAACUUGUUUCGUACCUAGCAUCAGUGACUUCAUUACAGGAGGCUGACCUAGGAUUUAAUUUGAUUGUGGAUCGCCGAAAAGACAGGUGGAGCUCCGUAAGAACUGUUUUACAAAGAAUAUCGGAGUAUUUUCCGGGAAUUAUUCAUGUUGUCUAUGUAAUUCGCCCAUCCGGAUUGUUUCAAAAGGCUUUAUCAGAAGUGAGCAAUAAGUUUUCAAGAGAUGAAUACAGGUUUCGACUUGUGGUUUGUUCGACUGUUUCUGACUUGCAUGAUUAUAUUCAUAUCAGCCAAUUAACUCCAGACAUGGGAGGAUAUUUAAUAUACUCUCAUCAUGAAUGGAUACAGCAACGAAUCGUAAGUUUUUAAUACAAAUAUCGUAAAUACUGUUAUUUUGUAAAAACAAUAGUCUUCGAGCUAGUAAGCUUCUUUAGAAGCUUAUUUAUAUACCCGUUUCUCGUUUAGUAAACAGUGUAACGAACUGCUUUUGUGUCUUCGCUCGCUACGAGA